AUGCCAUUCAGGAAACACGAACGCAUAGCGGACAAGUCGUUCGAAGACAACACAGCCUCAACAUAUGCCGGCGGCAGUAGCAACGAGAGAGUCUCUAAUGAGAGGGUCUCGAAUGAAAGCGACAUCGAGGCUGGCGUUCAAGUCAAGCCUGCCGGAUCUCACCAGAAGCAGCCAACGGAUAGCAUCAGUGGACAUCAGAUCUUUUACAUCUUUGGUCUCGACGGUAUUGGAGCCGCAGUUCUCUCUGGGGGCAUAAAUUUUGCUAUCGCUUACGGCAUGUACUCAACUCAGAACAUCGCGCGCAAUCCCAUUCGCCUAUUUCAGUUGCCCAACACACUAGCUGGAGAUGCAGUAGUAACCAUGAUCAUCCAAACGACAAUGACGUGGUUCAUCGAACUUUUUCUCGCCAAUCGCGACAUGAAGAAUGGGAGCGUCAGCCCAAUAGGCUUCAUUGAAGAACCUUCGCAACCAUUCAUGCGGUGGUUCAUGAUGCUUAACCUAGAAGACACGAGACACACCAAAAGCAGACUCUCGGUGUUUGCUGAACAUCUGAUUCGGAUCGGCUUGAUUUUUGUUGUUUCAUUUUUCCUGCUCUGGCCAGCCUCUGUCGGAAUUCUGACUGUUAUCGGAACCCGGGGUUCAGGGAAUGAUUGGGACUGGUAUUUCCAAUCCAAGUGGGCACCCGAAGCCUUCAAAGGGAUCCUUGGGGGACUUCUCGGCCUUCUUACAACACCAGUCAUGGCUUCAUUCUGGCUUGUCAAGGAGGGUUGGAGCUUGAAGAGGGGAGGAAAUUUGUUGAGUUGA